AUGAUAGAGAGUCAACUUCGUUCACUUGAGACCUUAGGCAUAACUGCUGACAAAUAUGCGGCAAUAUUGUAUCCCCUUAUUGAGUCAUUUUUACCGGAGGAUAUGAUCAGACUAUGGCAUAGAUCUUCACAGUUUUUAAGGCCUUCUGGUUCCGUAUCCAUGCACAAUGUCGAAGAAUCUGCAGAAGUUUCAACUUUGGAGACAAGAUUAAGUGGGCUAAUGAGUUUUCUACAAAAUGAAGUUCAAAAUGAACAAAAAAUUAAUUUAGCAACAGAAGGUUUUGGUUUAUCGACUGAAAAUAAAUAUAAAUCCAAUAACCUUGUUGAAAAGAAGAAUAUAAAAUCACCGAAGCAAGGAACUGAUCAGCCAUCAGCGACCGCUGCUGGGUUGGUAAAUUAUGAGGUUGACAGGUGUAUUUUUUGCGAAGGACAGCAUGACAGUAUCAAUUGUUUUAAAGCACAAAAAUUGUCUAUGGAACAGAAACGACGAACAUUGUCAGAGAAGAAAGCCUGUUUUCGAUGUUUGAAGGUUCGACAUUCUUCGAAGAACUGUAGAGCACGUUUGAAUUUUAUUUUGUGUUGUAAAUCUCAUGUUGUUUUGAUGUGUCCUGAUUUACCUGUUAACAAAAUUGAUACAUCGACCUCAAGUAUCAGCCGCUCGGAAGAAAAUAGGACUGAGGAUCAGACGCUUGCGAAUUUGAAUAAUACACAGGUUUUUUUACAAACUCUGCGAGUAAACAUAAGAAGUGCACAUGGUACUAAACAAGUAAGGGCACUUAUUGACACUGGAUCGCAGAGAACAUAUAUUUUACAGCGUACCGCACAAGAAAUGGGUUUUUCUGCUAAAGGAACGGAAAGUAUCGUACAUACGUUAUUUGGCGGUAAAAGUACUUCUGAACAACGACAUAAAUUAUACAAGGUAACUGCGAGUGAAGGAGCUUACUCUUGUUCAUUUGAUGCCUUAGAUCAACCAAAAAUUUGUGCAGAUGUCUCUCCUGUUUAUCACGGCCCUUGGGUUGAGGAACUUAGUGACAUGAAUAUUUCGCUCAGCGAUGUCGGACAUAUAGCACCAAUUGAGAUUUUGUUAGGAGCUGAUGUUGUAGGCAAAUUGUAUACAGGGAGGAAAUAUCAGUUACAGUGUGGUCUUGUAGCAGUUGAAACUUUGUUAGGUUGGACUCUUAUGGGCAAGGUGCCGGCGGUUGCUUCUAAUUUCAGCACAUCUAUGAUGUCGAUUGCGUUGUUUGUUGAUAGUUCUUCUGUGGCGAAACUCUGUGAGCUUGAUAUUAUUGGGAUAACCGAUCCUGUAGAAAAAUUGACACGAGAGGUGGCGGCCAAGGAGACUAAGAAUUUUUUCUAUGAGACUAUCCGAUGUGACAACGAAGGUAGGUAUGAGGUUAUGUUACCUUGGUUGAACAAGCAUCCUUUAAUUUCAGAUAAUUUAGUUGUCGCUAGAAGAAGGUUAGAUACUACUUUAAAUAAGUUGAAAAAGUCCAAUUUGUUUGAAUAG